AUGUCUUCGACGGUGGGCAAAACGCCCUCCAGGUUCUCCACACUUGUUGAGAAUGGCGAGCAAGAAACCACUGCACGCGCGAACAAAAUUAUUCAGGAAUUUCGUGAGCAGUUGAAAAGAGGGGAAUCUUUCACGGGAGACAUCUCUGCAUUGAGGAGCGUCAUUGAUGCCCUCAAGCAUCCCAAUGGAAUUGACGAUCGCAAGAUGCUGCUCGAGCAUGUUCUCGUAUUUCUGUCUGAGCAUCCGUCGAGCAACCUUGGCAAACAGCUGGCGAACGAUACCGUUGAACUCUUGUACGCCGAUCUCCCUCAUCCUCCGGAAACCCUAAUUGGGAACCAGUAUGCGUGGCGAUCCGCCGACGGCUCCAACAACAACAUCAAUAUCCCGGAUUUGGGAAAGGGAGGCACUCCAUAUGCACGCAGUGUGCAGCAGAGCCAUCCUCUACCGCGCAAUGAAAUGCCAGAUGCGGGUCUGGUGUUCGAUACUCUCUUGAAACGCGAGAAGUUUGUCAAACAUCCGGCGGGCCUGUCGAGUUUGAUGUUCUCCUUCGCAGCGCUCGUUAUUCAUACUGUGUUCCGUACUUCUCACAAGGACGUCAACAUUAAUGAGACGUCUUCCUAUGUCGAUCUUGCGCCUCUCUAUGGUAACGACCAAAAUAAUCAAGACAAAAUCAGGGUCCGCGAUGGCCGCGGCCUCCUGCACCCGGAUACGUUUGCUGAAGAUAGGCUGUUGUUGCUUCCUCCCGCAGUCUGUGUCUUACUGGUUCUAUUUAAUCGUAACCACAACUACAUUGCCAAGAUGCUCCUGGAGAUCAACGAGCGAGGGACGUGGGCCGACCCAAACUCCAUCCCCGAUGACCCCCAGCGUAGUGCCAAGAUCUUAGCGCAGGAGGAAGAAAUCUUCCAGAUCGCUCGUCUCAUCAACUGCGCUUGGUUUGCCUCUGUCGUCUUUUCUGACUACCUUAGCGCAAUUCUAGGUCUUGUGAGGCGAGGAAGCAGCUGGAGUUUGAACCCGUUCGGGGAGAUCAGAGAUCUAGAUCAUACCCUGUUUGAACGUGGUCGGGGGAACGUAUGCAGCGUCGAGUUCAACUGUCUCUAUCGUUGGCACGCAACUACCUCAGUGCAAGACGAGAAGUGGACCGAAGACCUUUUCAAGCAGCUCUUCCCCGAUAAGACUUGGGACCAGAUAACCAUUCAGGCGUUCGUGGAAAAGGCGAAGGAAUUGCACGACGUAGAACUUGACGUCAGUAACUGGACAUUCGACGCGCUGAAGCGCCAAGACGAUGGCACCUUUAAAGACUCUGAAUUGGCUGGCAUCUUGCAAGCCGCGACGGAUCACCCUGCCUCAGCCUUCAAGGCUCGUGGAACCCCAGCCGUGAUGCGUCUGCACGAGAUUAUGGGCAUUGAAUCCAACAGGCGAUGGGGUGUUUGUUCCUUGAAUGAUUUCAGACAGUUCCUCGGAUUGAAGACCUACUCGAGCUUCUUGGAAUGGAACCCCGAUCCUGAGAUUGCUACUGCGGCCGAGAAGCUGUACGGUACUAUUGAUCGCCUAGAGCUGUACCCGGGUCUCCAAGCAGAAGCUGCGAAGCCUGUAAUCGACGGCGCUGGCCUUUGCCCUGGUUACACCAUUAGUCGUGCCAUCCUGAGCGAUGCUAUCGCACUUACUCGGGGAGACCGCUUCUACACUGCUGACUACACCCCGUUCAACAUGACUUGCUGGGGUUUUGCUGACUGCCAGAGACAGCCAGACGCUCCGGGGUACGGCAGCACUCUCGGAAGACUAUUCUUGCGGACACUACCGGGUCAGUACACGGACAACAGCACAUAUACCUGGUUCCCUCUCAUGACACCUGAGGCGAUGCAGCCAAUCCUGACGAAGCUGCACGACAUUCAGAACUAUGACCUUACGAAACCGAACUCAGUUGAUCCAGUCCGAAUUGUAUCGAACUACUCCGAUGUCGCUCAAGUAUUGAGCAGCGAACAGUUCAGCCCCCGCUAUUCCAAUCGGGCAGCGCGUGUCAUUCAUGGUCACGGCUUCUUCAUUGCUUCUGACAGUCCUGCGAGAGCCGGGCGAGAGCAGCGUGCUUUUAUUGGUGCUCUCACGGACGCGCGCGGAUCUGUAGACAAGAUCGCAUCCUUCUUCUACCAGACGACACGCGAUUUGAUGUUGCGGGAGUCGUACACUGCUGUGGGGUCACGGACCAAGAACGUCGAUAUCGUGCGAGAUGUUCUCAAGCACGUUCCAGUCCGUUGGGCGGCAGACCUUGCAGGUAUACAGCUCAAGAAGAAACCACAUUCGCUCGGUCAUUAUACGCCCCAGGAAAUGUUCGACAUGCUGUCAGACAUUUAUUCCUAUUUAUUCCUUGAUGUUGAGGCAGCGAAGGCGUUGAAACUUGCAGAAAAGGUCAAGACGCACAUCGAGAAGCUGCGGCACGAUCUCAUGUGCACUUUCGGCGGUGCUUCCCGGCUUUCGAUUGCAGGGCUCUUAGAGACGAUUUCUCACAUGUUCUUCCAGCCGGCCAAGAGUGACAGAGAUGACCUGCUGGAUCGUCUGCAUGCACUUGGCUAUCCUCCGGAAACGAUCUGUAACACGUUCCUGGCCGUCUUGGUGGGCGCCACCGUGGAAAUGUCUCAAGCUAUGGUCAACGUUGUGAAUUUCUAUCUCGACCCCUCUAAGCCGGGUGAUGUGUCCACUCUGGCUUCCAAGGUCAAGCUUGACGGCAAUGAUGAAGCCCUCCUCCAGGGCCUAGUCAAUGAAGCCCUCCGACUGGACCCUCCGUCCCGCGGCGCGUAUCGAGAGGCUGCGAAAACUUCCGUCGUUGGAGGGAAGCCGGUGCAGUUGGGCGAAUGCGUCUUCGUCGACAUUGCAGAUGCUUCCCUUGAUGCGACUGUGUUCCCGGAUCCGAAUGCAGUCAACCCGACUCGCACCCCGCAAAAGCGCUACCUAGUCGGCGAUGGCUCAGCUAGGUGUCUUGGGGCGGAUCUGUCGAACAAGAUGAUUGGCGCUGUCCUCCGUGCCGUGUUCUCCUUCCCGAAUGUGCGCCGCGCUCCGGGACAGUCGGGUGUGCUCAAGCGAUUCAAGGAGGACUCGACUAAGACGAGCUGCUACUCGUACUUAUCUUCGACUCAAGAGUUGACGCCUUGGGCGACCUCUAUGGUAAUUCAGUUUGAGUGA